AUGGCACCCCUCGUCAAGACCGCCCUGGUGGCAGCAGCCCUCGCCAGCUCUGCCGUGAGCGCCCCGUCCGGCGUCCACAUCGGAACCCCUGCCAACGCCCCGGGCAACCUGGGCCCCGGCAGGGCCUCGUUCAAGCAGGUCCGCAACCCCAACUACAAGUUCAACGGCGCCCUGUCCGUCAAGAAGACCUACCUCAAGUACGGCAAGCCCGUGCCGGACUGGCUCGAGGAGGCCGUCGCCAACAUCACCGCCGAGUUCGGGCUCGAGGGCCGUGCCACCGGCUCCGCCAGCGCCACGCCCAUCGACUCGUUCGACGAUGCCUACAUCACCCCCGUGCAGAUCGGCACCCCGGCCCAGACUCUUAACCUGGACUUCGACACCGGCUCCUCGGACCUGUGGGUCUUCUCCAGCUCCACGCCCUCGAGCCAGGUCAACGGCCAGACCGUCUACAACCCCUCCAAGAGCAGCACCUCCAAGGUCAUGAGCGGCGCCUCCUGGAGCAUCAGCUACGGUGACGGCUCCUCCUCCAGCGGCAAGGUCUACACCGACAAGGUCGCCGUCGGCGGCCUGUCCGUGGCCAACCAGGCCGUCGAGGUCGCCACCACCGUGUCGAGCUCCUUCUCCCAGGAGUCUGAGACCGAUGGCCUGCUCGGCCUGGCCUUCAGCAGCCUCAACACCGUCUCGCCCACCCCGCAGAAGACCUUCUUCGACAACGCCAAGGCGAGCCUGGACUCCCCACUCUUCACUGCCGAUCUCAAGUACCACACUGCCGGCACCUACAACUUCGGCUUCAUCGACGACAGCGCCCACACGGGCUCCAUCACCUACACCUCGGUGUCGACCCGCCAGGGCUUCUGGGAGUGGGUGUCGACCGGCUACGCCGUCGGCUCCGGCUCCUUCGUGUCGACCUCGAUCGACGGCAUCGCCGACACGGGCACCACCCUGCUGUACCUGCCCGCCUCCGUCGUGAGCGCCUACUACAGGCAGAUCAGCGGCUCGCAGAACAGCAACAGCGCCGGCGGCUACGUCUUCCCCUGCAGCGCCACCCCGCCCUCCUUCACCUUCGGCGUCGGCUCCGCCCGCAUCACCAUCCCCGGCAAGGUCAUCAACUACGGCCAGGUCUCCACCGGCUCCUCCUCGUGCUUCGGGGGCAUCCAGAGCAGCGAUGGCAUCGGCAUCAACAUCUUUGGCGACGUCGCGCUCAAGGCCGCCCUGGUUGUCUUUGACGGCUCGUCCACCCCCCGCCUGGGCUUUGCCCCCAAGACUGUUUAA